GUGUAGAUAGAUCAGGGGGAAAAACAAUUCAAUCCAUUGUAGGCUGUAACUUUAAAAAACGUGGAAAAAGUCAAGGGGUCUGAAUAUGUUCCAAUAUUUUCCAGAGGGAAACCAUGACGCUGUUUUCCCAAAUGCAGAUUACAUCUUUAAAGGAGAAUGUUCCCUAUUUACAACUUGUUUCCCACACGCCUUGACAGAUUAGUCAUUCCUAUUUUAGAGGUUAGAUACCCCUUAGAGCUCUUUGAAAAUAACAAUAUUUUUGCACAUACUUCUUUUGGAGGUUGCAAUGUUUUUUGUACAGAUGCUAAUAGUGAAGUGGCAGAAGAUGCAGGAGAGACUGAGAUUCCCUCUGAAAAAGAGGGUGAGGAAGAAGAGAUGAAGGAGAAAGAGAGUGGGGAAAAGACUGAAGAAGGUAUAGCUGGUGUAUUGUAGCCGCAUUGUGUAGGUCUAGUAUGUGGGUACUGUAGUUCUGUAGUACUAUGCGUUUGUAGAGAGACAUGCAUAUUCAGACUGUAAAGGACAAAAUCUUUCAAUGUUCACAGUCACCUCCAAACCUGCUGAAGCAGAGGACAAUGCGAAGAGUGAUACUCCCUCUAUGAUAGGACUAAAGAAAGAGGGUGUGGAGGAGAAAGAGGGAAUGGAGAAGAAAGAGGAAAAGACUGAAGAAGUCACCCAAAAGCCUGAAGCAGUGGACUCUGGGAAAAGAGAAAAGCCCUCUGGCAAAGAUGAGCGGAUGGUGGAGAAAGAGGAAAAGAAAGAGAUGACAACAGAGAAGGAGAGAAAUAAAGUUCCCCCCCAACCUGAGGAAGAGGGCCCUGGAGAGAGUGAGAGCCCCUCUGAGGGAGAAGGAAAGAAGGAGGAAGUGGUAAAGCAGGAGAUUGAGGCAGAAGCCCCUCCAAUGCCUGAAGUGGAGGGGACGGGUGGCACACAGGAGACCGGGAAACCCUCUGAGAAAGAGGAGGGGAGGGAGGAGGACACAGGAAAAAAGACUGAAGAGGAAGUUCGCGAAUCACCUGAGUGGGGAAGCUUGGGUCAGGAGACCUUGGAGCCCCCUGAGAGAGAAGAAGAGAAGAAGAAGUGGGAGGAGGAAGAGAGUGAAGAGGAGAGAGAGUAUGCAAAAAAGAAAGGUAGAACUUAUGCUAGUGUGUAGUGUACACACCCUAUAGGCUAGGAUCCGGUAGAUUGCAUCUCUCCCAAGUAGGGUGACCACAUGUCCCGGAUUGUCCGGUACAGUCCCACAUUUGGCCCUUAGUUCCACAACCAAACAAUCACGCAUUUUAUCAACAAAUUCAAACACCACUAAUUUAGAAAACAGCUAGAUUUGUCCUGUAUUUCAGUCAGACAUUCCAACCUGUCUCUUGCAGUCAUGUUGCACUAAAGAAAAAAUACUUAAAACACUGACAUCAGGCUACAUUCCAGCUAAACAUAGAUAGGACAGAUGCCUAACUACUUUGUUCAUGCUUCUGACAGCGAGCUACUAAUGUAAGUAAAUAGUCUUAUUAGACUGAAAGAUAUAAGGUGAUUUCGUCAAACUUAUGAGACUCUCCAUGCUCAUUGCUCAUUCACCAUAUUUGCUGCUACUUCACUCAAUCCCGUUUUAAAAGUCUCCCUUCCUAACUGUUUUACAUUCCCCGAGACCAACCAGAAAUGUUUCCUUGGCCAAAUAUUCCCAGAUUUUCAUAAAAACAGCCACACACGGUCUCUCGUUUCUGCAAAAGAGUAGGCUAAUUAGCUAAUUUUGGUGCAGUAGGGAUGUAGUGCUGCCGGAUCCUGUGAUUGUUUAGUAAAGUUAGAUCAAAGCUGAAUCAAUGUCUUUGACGAUCACAUAAUGAUUCAUUAGUAUUAUACAUAACAUAACCAAAUAUAAUUGCAUAUUAUAAUGUUACUGAUGCACCAAAAACACCACGUUAGUCAUUUCUGAUUAGUCCCAAAAAUAUUCUCAUGCUUUCAAAACUCAACAGUGGCCGCCACUAAAUCAAAUGUAUUUAUAAAGCACUUUUUACAUCAGCAGAUGUCACAAAGUGCUGUACAGAAACCCAGCCUAAAACCGCAAACAGCAAG